GUCAGAACGCCCAUCACUACACACUUGCGUACAUAUUUAUUAUCAUGUCCCUUGUUCACUUCCACUACGACCCUUUCACCGAGUUCGAGCGCCUCUUCGACGAUGCUUUCAGUGCCCGGUUCCGUCCAACAUCUGAUGUCAGCCGAGCCGUCGAAAGCGGGUCUCGUGUAGGGACAUUCCGUCCAAAGAUGGACUUGAUCGAGCUCGAGGAUAACAAAGUCAUGGCCGUGUUUGAUUUGCCUGGCAUGCAACCGGAGAAUGUCACAAUUGACGUGCAGCAGAACCGCCUCACCAUCUCAGGGGAAAUGAGUGCAGAGAAGGAUAUCACAGAGAAGGAUUACGCUGUGCGUGAGCGCACACAAGGAAAGUUCUCUCGUAUCUUGCAGCUACCUGUAGGAACAGAGCCUAACGACGUCAAAGCAAAUAUGGAAAAUGGAGUUUUGAAAGUUACUUUCCCAAAAUUUGGGAAGGCGCAAGCUUCCCAGCGUAUCGGUAUUACUUGAUUGAUCAUGCCAGAAAAAAUGUUCCCCAAGAAACGUUGCUACCUCCCGUUGUACAAUAAUGAUAAUUAAUGCAUUGUUGCGCUGUCAAGUAUUAAUAAUGGCUGAGCGUGGAUUGUAAUAGCAACUCUAGGACAUGUUACCGUCUAAGAUGUGGAUGUGGGAGAGUGUAGUCGUUGAUACUCGCCCCUCAUGAAGGUCCACCACUGCGGCCCGUACAUGUAAUAUAUUGCUCCAAACGCCGCACCACCAAGAUGAGCAUAAUGAUCAAACAUC